UAAAAAAUAAAUGAAUUCCAAAUUCUUAACGGAAUACUAAACAGAAUCUUAAACUUAACAAACAUAGGACCAAAAUCCAGUUGAACCCAUCAUCAUCAAAGUGUACAUAACCAACCCAUAGAUAUUGAGGAAAAAAAAAAAAAAAACCCAUAGAUAUUGACUAAAUCAAGGCCAAACUUGACUUUUCAUCAAUUUGUUAUUGAAUAAGUGGUGCCCGGCAGCAAAUAUAAAGAGGUGUGUGUAUAUCACCAUCAUCAUCAUCCUCGUCGUCAUAUCACACAGUACUUUCUUCUUUUAACUCUCGUUCUGAGGGCUCUGUUUCGAGCUCGCCCGCUAAGAUCGGAUCUAUUAUCUGCCACAAACCCUCUUUACUCUCCUCUUACGCCAUUUGUAUCUCAUUCUCAUCAUCAAACAAAACAAAAUUCAUAAGCAAUUUUUUUUUUUCAAAAAUAAAAAUUUUAAAAAAAUCCCACAUUUUCCGUCAAAUUUUGUUUUGUUUCAGAAAACAGAAGAAACAGUCCGAGAAAAUCCCCAGAAAAUCUCAUACCCCAAGCUCUUUCAUGGCCUAAAACCUCAAUCGAUCGCGUAGAUUGAUAGAUUUUCUACGGUGGGUUGGUGUUAAUGGGCAAUGUAACGUCGAAUGUUGCUGCGAAAUUCGCUUUCUUCCCGCCGGACCCACCAACGUAUAAUGUGUACAGAGAGGACGAUGGGAAGCUAUUUUUCACUGGUUUAUCCGCUGACAAGAACGUCGAUGUCCAUUUGCUGGACACAAAGGUGGGCAACAAGAUUGUGGCCACGUUUUGGAGACACCCAUCUGGGAGGUUCACGAUUCUCUACUCCCAUGGAAACGCUGCUGAUUUGGGUCAAAUGCAAGAGCUCUUCAUCGAGCUCAGAGCUCACCUUCGUGUCAACAUCAUGAGCUACGAUUAUGCUGGAUAUGGAGCGUCCUCGGGUAAGCCAUCUGAGUUCAACACUUACUGUGACAUAGAGGCUGCCUACAAUUGUUUGAGGAGUAAUUAUGGAAUUAAGCAAGAGGAUAUGAUUUUGUAUGGCCAAUCUGUUGGAAGCGGGCCUACACUACACUUAGCUUCUCGUUUGCAGAGGCUAAGAGGUGUUGUUCUUCAUAGUGCCAUCCUUUCAGGCAUACGAGUUUUAUAUCCCGUGAAGGUGACAUUCUGGUUUGACAUUUUCAAAAAUAUAGACAAAAUACGGAGUGUCAGCUGUACUGUUCUAGUUAUACAUGGAACAGAUGAUGACAUUGUUGAUUGGUCACAUGGUAAGCGAUUGUGGGAACUUUCCAAAGAAAAAUAUGAUCCAUUGUGGGUAAAGGGUGGAGGCCACUGUAACAUUGAAACUUUUCCGGAGUACAUUAAGCAUUUGCGCAGGUUCAUAAACGCAAUGGAGAAACUCUCUAUUGCACAGCAAAGCAAACCGCAGCUUACUUCCACACCAAGUAUAACGGAAUCCAAACACAACAGGUGCUUGAGAUUUGGAUAGAGGUGAUUAGUUCGUUCUUCCCGCUUGAGUAGUGAACAGAAAUAGCUUAGUUUCUUGAAAGGCUGCCAUGACAAGAAAGAAGUAUGCUUGGUAUGCUGCAUCGGCACAGAGCUUUGCUGCCAAGCUUGUACUACUCCUAUGUUUCUCAAGAUUACAAGCUGAGAUGAAUCAUGUGUUCGAUCCAGAUGCCGAGCACUAAACCAUUUUUGAUGUGGAAUACUCCUGUAGUUUCCUGUACUGUUGAAAAGGAGCGACGGCGUGUGAGUUUAUCUGGAUUUAUUGUAUAAUUAGCAAGCUGAGCUUUAUGUCUCAACCAUCAUCAUUUGUAAACCAAAAAGAAUUAGUAAAUAUAUGGAUCAGUUUCUUUGUUAA